AUGGCUAAGGCUAAGUGGAGGUGGUCUCAAUGCCGCCGCCACUCAGGAACGCUUGCAAGCCAGGGUCCCGGAGAACAGCCCCCUGUAACGUCCUGGCGUUUCGUCCCCCUAUUGGCUCGUGGCCACCACACCGGCGCCGCCGCUUCUAAAUUUUGUGGUCUCAGCGGCAGGGCCCGCCUGGGCAAAAGCACUAAGAGAGCCCUCCAUGUUCAGCGCUACCUUGUCGAGGCCAUCAACACCAACGCACGAUGGGCUAGAAUUUUGAAACGCAGCUCGCCCCCUCUAAUGCACACUACCCUCUGUUGGUUUUUCUUCUUGGUCUUGUGGGCGGCGGCAAAAAGACAGAAGUAA